AGCUGUGCAGAAAGCGGUGAGGUCACGCUCUCAUCAUCAUCAUCCGCGCGCCGAUCAGAAUUGCGGCGCGCGCUCACGCACCAAAGACAGAUUGAUAAAGACUGAGAGAGCGCGUGAGGGAGAGAGGGAGAGAGAGACCUUACACCUCAGAACCACCACAGGCAUGCAGGCGGCUCCACAGCCCCCCUCGUCAGGAAGCCCUGGACAGACAUCAAUGAGGCUCCAAAAGAGGAGCGAGGAUGACAGAAAAAGAGAGAGAAAGAGAGAAGAGGAUGGAGAAGGAAGAAGACGAUGAAAAGAGGGCAAAGAAAGUGGGGAAAAAACAGAAAGUGACCAAGUAAAAGAAAAACAAAAAAGACAUGAAAGACGAAGGCAGAGACAGAUAGACGGACACCGAGAUGAAGAGAGGAGCCUGGAGACGCACCGACAAGCAGCGGCGCAGAGGCUGGGGCACAAUUUGACUUUGCGGAGUAAAAACUCUUAGACAGCGAGUCAGUCCCUCGGCGAUGCUCACCCGGCUCCACGCUCGAGAUUGAUCACCAAUUACCGGGACUGAUCAUCGGGCAGCUUAGCCGGUAGCGCAGAGGAGAAACCAAACCAGUGCGCCCCGCUCCUGAGCUCCAGCUCUCCCAGGAAGAACACACAAAAAUGUCAGAAAGGAGGGAGAAGAAGUCGAUCUUUCUGUCCUCGUUAUUAGUGUGUUGUGUGUUUGCUAGUGCAGAAUAUAACAUCUGUGGACAGAAUGAGUUCUUCAACCAGACCAGUAACAGCUGUCAGGCCUGCCCUCAGUGCCAGCCAGGACAUGAGCCAUAUAUGACCUGCGGUCAUGGUGUGAAGGAUGAAGGCUUUACCUGCGUGCUGUGCCCAAAGGGAAAAUACUCCGGAGGGAAAUAUGAGAUCUGCAAACGUCACACAGACUGUCAUGCCCUUUACAGUGCCACUGUUCACAUACCAGGAACUCCCGAACGCGACGCAGAGUGUGGACCCUGUUUACCCGGGUAUUACAGGUUGGGGAACAGAUCAGAAAAACCCUAUUGGAUGGUUUGCCAUUCCUGCCAAAACGCACCACGCAACACCAAAGAAUGCAUGCAAACCAACAAACCGAAAGAAAAAACAAUAGUUUACAGUGGUAGCACAACUGUGUUCCCUUCUGUAAUUAAAGAUUCCCCCGGACAGGGUCACCUGGCAACAGCUCUCAUUAUCGCCAUGUCGACCAUUUUCAUCAUGGCCAUCGCCAUUGUUCUCAUCAUCAUGUUUUACAUCCUGAAGGCCAAACCGAAUGGCCAGGCAUGCUGCUCCGGACAGGUUGUGAAAGCAGUGGAGGCUCAGACCAACAAACAGGAAGACAAGAAAGACGUCCCUGACAAUGUGGUGAUAUACUCGGAGAAAGACGAGUUCGACAAACUGAAAGCUCCUCCUCAGAAGACGGUGAAAAGUGAAAACGAUGCAUCUUCGGAAAAUGAGCAGCUGUUGAGCCGCAGCAUCGACAGCGACGAAGAGGCAGGAACAGAAAAGCAGGGAUCGGCAGAGACCACUAACCUCGACCCUAACCUGUGCCUGGUCAACUUAGGCAACAAACCCGACCUCUGCCUGCUCUCCCUGGGUCUCUUGGACCGUGGCCGCGUAUGCAAUGGCACCCCAGGCAUUGCAGCCAGUCAGACUAACAUCCCGAGUCCCAACCACAUGAACAAUGUCAACCGCAUCGCCAGCAGCAACCACAUCAGCAGUGUGAAUGGGAUCAACAACAACAAUAAAACCCCAGGGAUGCUACAGAAUCGAAGGAGAAAGAUUCUAGAUCUGUAUGCCAGAGCCUGCAACGCGACUGAGGGCCUCAGCCCCACAGAGCUUCCCUUCGACUGCCUGGAGAAGGCCAGCCGCAUGCUGAGCUCCUCCUACAGCAGCGACGCCGCCGUGGUGAAGACGUGGAGGCACCUGGCUGAGAGUUUUGGACUGAAACGCGACGAGAUCGGAGGCAUGAGCGACGGCCUGCAGCUCUUCGAGAGGGUUAGCACGGCGGGCUACAGCAUCCCCGACCUCCUGACUCGCCUGGUGCAGAUCGAAAGGCUGGACGCCGUGGAGUCGCUCUGUGCAGAUGUGCUGGGCAGUAGCGAGGGGGCAGCAGUGGCUGGACGGCAGGGAAUUGGCAGUUUUCACAGCCAGUUAGUGUGUCCUUCCCCCUGCCCAUCUCCAUCCCAUCGCUGCGCCAGUGUUUAAAUAAGAAGUGAAGCAAAAACAUAAGAGACUUAGAGACUUGAUUGCCUUACAGUACACAUGUAUGUACGGACAUUUACUGCUCUGACAAGGAGGAAAGCACAUUUAAAUACACACGUUACCCCAUUAGAUGAAGAAUGUCGAUGGACUUUACUGUCCACAAUCCUUUUUUUUCUUUUAUGUAUAAAAGCUAAGAGUUUGAAAUACACUUUCUGUCUUUCAAAGUGUUUGAAAGAGAGAGCAAAAUCAAAGGCCUCAGAUUCACAUUAACCUCAAGUUUGCCAUUUCAAAUAAUUUCUCUUUUGCAAGAAUAUAAGAAUCAGAAUUAGUUCCCAUUUUGAUAGAUUCGGGACUUUCACAAAUGCAACACUUUAGUAAAAAAUCAUGUGGAAAGCCUGUGCGCUGGAUGCACAGUUCUUUUUUUGUUCCAUCUUUUUUUUCCUAAACAUUUUUUUAAGAAAUCACCAGGAAAAGAUGAAAUGGCAUGCUAAUGGAAAGUCACUGGAAAGUGGCAGACUGAGGAUGCCUUCCUACUGGCUUACUCACUUAAGUUUCUCACCAAAGCCUUGCCGCAGUGACAUAACCAGACGUUUGUGUCCAUAUAAAGAAAGUGAUCUGGUGUGACCGCAGCAUGAGCGAACAUUCAUAACUCAGUCAUGUCUUAAAACAGGAAAAACGGCUGAUUAGAGCAGUCAUUGUGUCUGAGUGGAAAACAUCCUUCAGCUCAGCUCGGCUUACAUUUGGUAAACCUGCUUGUGAACUUUCGCCAUUUGAGGACGCCCCGGUGUCUCUCCAUAAACCGUGAAGUCACCAGCAAACACACAACAGUGUGCUAGAGUGGAUUGUGAUAUUUUUAUUCUCGAGGAUCAGUUUUGGGUUGACUCUGCACUCUUGUUUACUUUAAAACACCGACCGGAUUUAUUCAUUGAUUAACAUAUGUGUGGUAAAUGUGGAAACACUGAUCACAAGCAGAUGUUGUGUAUGGAAAAGUUCAACCAAGCACCUCACAAAAAAAAAAAAAGAAAACCCGAAAACACAUGGACUCGUUUUAGGUGGUGUGUUCAGUGUUUCAGCUUUAAUCCCAUACACUGAAUGAACAUUACUCCGCUGCCUGUACUCCAUCUAAGCACGCGCGUCUGCAGUCCACCGCCUACAAGUUUAACACACAACUCUCACAUACUCUCUUACUUCACGUACUUCCUUAGCAAUGACCCAUUCUCUGACCCCCCUCCACCCCAAUAAUUCGCCCUCUUCCAUCUUAUACCCCAAUACUGUGGUCUAGUGCUGCCGCCAGCCCUAAUUAUUUGGCGUGUGGCUCCCCAUGCCCCUAAUAGGCUGAAGUGUUGUGGUUUACAGAGCGGGUGUAAAGUGCCUGUGAUUUCCAGCACCUAAUUAAGCAUUUAGGGCCACUUAACCACUGAAAGCCCAGUGGAAAAGCUAUAAAAUCACUGCAUUAAAAAGAGCAGUGCCAGGCCAGAGGAAUGACUAAAUGCCUCCGGGGUUGCUGCGCUGUCAACGGUGAGACGGUGCAGUCGGUUGCGGUGGAGGUAGCACUGCAGUUGUGUCCUAUAACGUCUGGUCUUAUUCAGCUCUUGUGGUUAGCUCAGUCAUGCUCACACACAGGAUUAUAGCUCGCCUCUCCCCGAUGGGACCAAUAUAGCAAACAAGAUCAGCAUGCAGUUGUGUGAGUUCUGGAAAGCAGCUGAAGCCACUUAGGUGCUGUACGUACAGUAAAUAAACUGUGGGUCUGUUAAGCAUCUGAUUGAACCUUUUUAAAGACCUGCAUUUUAAUGAUCCUCUGAAGUCCAUUAUAAGUGAUGUUAACAUGCUGUAGGUUGACUCUGCUGCUUCCUGCAGAAUUUAAGCUUCAAAACUUAACCAAAAGUCCAAGCAAUGCCGAAACUGGCUUUGAUCUCAUUUCUCGGGAACGGAGCUGAUCUUUAUCUGAUACCUGAUGUUGUCUGCGUAAUCUGCCAUGACUGAUAAGCGCAGACUUUUUUCUUUCCUAAAGCUCGUUGUUCCCAUUUUACAUGCCAACCUGGAGCUGGACUCCAAUAUUUUAAAUUUAUUUACAUUUAUGCUUAUCAAGUAUGACUCCAGAAUCUGUUUGUUCUUGAUUUAAAGCUUACAAUUAAAUGUACUGCUUUACUAGAGCUUGACUGUCAUCAUCAAAUCCACUUCAUUUCACAAAUCUUCUUUUUAAAUUGUAAUAUGCUGUUGAUAAAUUUUUAAAAAGAAAAAAAAUAUGUGAAUCAGUGGACUGAAGUGCAGCCUGUUUUAAGACAAAUUUUGUGUGACAUGUAAUAUGCUGACAUAAUAACAAGCAGAAGCCAAACAUGAAUUACUUACCUCAGUAGCACAUGCAGUAUAGUAGAGCAUGUAAAAACACACAAACUCUUCUACAGAACCAAAGUGUCGCUGUAUAUAUAACUUAUUAUUGUACAUAAACUAUAUCUUAAUAAAGAUGUAUGGCUGAAA